AUGGCGCCUUCUUCCAAGAGCCCAAACAUGGGCCAGGUUAUCGAGUAUAUCCCAGACCGGCUAUACCUAGCUGCCUACAUCCACCCUCCCACGGCCGAGACCAUCUUCCCCUACGGCGAACCCGUUCAGACCUCCCCUAGAAAGCGAUCGCAGAGAGCCGCCGAAGGCCCUACACCUGUGCAGAACGCCGCCCGUCUCACGCCCCACUACUUCUCCGUCGACGACACUCUCCUGUACAAUGCCUUCCACCACGACUUCGGCCCGCUGCACAUCGGUCACCUGUACCGCUUCGCCCUGCAGUUCCACGAUGUGCUCGGUGCCAAGGAGAACAAGGAUCGCCCGAUUGUCUUCUGGAGCAGAGCCGACCCCAGAAGUCGCGCCAACGCUGCUUGCAUGCUCGCCUGCUACAUGGUCUUGAUCCAGAACUGGCCCCCUCACUUGGCCCUUGCCCCCAUCGCUCAAGUCGACCCCCCUCUGAUGCCCUUCCGUGACGCUGGAUACAGUCAGGCCGACUACGGCAUCACCGUUCAGGACGUCGUUUACGGUGUGUGGAAGGCCAAGGAGGAGGGCUGCUGCGCUCUGGACAACUUUGAUCUCGAUGAGUACGAGAAGUACGAGAGAGUCGAGCACGGAGACUUCAACUGGAUCACACCACACUUCCUCGCCUUUGCCUCACCACAGCACACUCCCGUUGCUAAGGUCAUCGAGGGCACCGAAGAAUGGGACGCGCUUCCCAAGUCUAUGGGACAGUUGGAUGCGAACAAGACGCUGCCCCAGCCCUUCAAGAACGUUCUGAAGCACUUCACCGAGCGCAACAUUGGCCUUGUUGUCCGUCUCAACUCACCGCUCUACUCCCCCUCAUUCUUCGAAUCCAUGGGCAUUUCCCACCUCGACAUGAUUUUCGAUGACGGUACCUGCCCGCCUCUCUCGACCGUCCGCAAGUUCAUCAGGUUAGCGCACGAGACCAUCACAGUCAAGAAGAAGGGCAUUGCCGUUCACUGCAAGGCUGGUCUCGGAAGAACUGGCUGCCUCAUUGGCGCGUACCUCAUCUACCGCCACGGCUUCACUGCCAACGAGAUCAUUGCCUUUAUGCGUUUCAUGCGCCCCGGCAUGGUCGUCGGUCCUCAACAGCACUGGCUGCACAUCAACCAGGGUGUCUUCCGCGAGUGGUGGAUUGAGGAGCGCAUUGAGCGCAAGCUCCGAAAGGAGAUGGCUGCCAAUGCCGUUGCCCCUAGCACCCCCAUCCGCGCCAUGCAGAAGACCUCCCUUCGCAACGGCCAGGCCUCGACACCGCCUCACCGCAGCACAUCAAACCGGACGCCUUUGAGCGAAGUCGACCAGGACCGCAAUAACAUUGGGGUCCAGGAAGAUUACCUCCCUGCGCCAACACCGGGUCAGCCAAGAAAGACCAACAGGGCGGACCGCCAUCAUCCCUACCAACGGGCUCCUUCAUACCACGCAACAUUGGAAGAAGAAGGCGCUGUCCACCAGGAAACCGAGGUUAUUUCUGUGCACAAGCAGUCGCGCGGGCCCAACGAAUCCGAUGAGGAAUGGGAUAUCAGGAUGCGCACGCAUAGGAAGACUUCGCAAUCGCCUACUCGCAGUGAAAAGCGGUCAGUUAGUCACUCCGCCGCAACUGUGUAUCAGACAUACAUCGACAACGACGCUAGCAACGAUGCGGAGAACAUCGGAACGCAACGUGUCAAGCAGGUCGACCGUGAUCGCGUUAGCAGCGCAUCGGGUGUUCUCACCAAGGUUCGUGGCAGUAAGCGAUCGGGCGAUUCACCUCUCAGGACCAAGGACGGAGUACGGAAAACCAGCGGUCGCGUUGGCAGUGUCGGCAACUCAGCCAUGUCCGCGACAGCAUCCUCGACAGCACGGAAGGUUUCGGGGGCGUAG